AUGGGCUCGAAAGGGAAUAAGGAUGAGGUACUAUCCCUCGACAACCUCGAGGCCGCUUUGUCGAAAGACACGCGAGUAAAGCUGGCAGGUAUGCUCCGCGGAAAGCUCGUCUCUAAGAAGAAGUUCCUCUCCGUAGCGAAAGACGGUUUUGGUUUCUGCAGUGUCAUUUUCGGCUGGGAUAUGCACGAUAUGACCUACUUCCGGGAGCUGAAGAUCAGCAAUAAAGACAACGGAUACAAGGAUCUUAUCGCUAAGAUCGAUCUCAAGAGCUACAGGAGGAUACCAUGGGAAGACAAUGUACCGUUUUUUCUCGUCAACUUCUACGAUCCAGACACCGACGAACCCAUCUGUGCCUGUCCACGAAGCUUGCUCCGAAGCACACUAGCCAAGGUUCAGAAGGGAGGAUAUGGAUCAAUGGCGGGCGCAGAAUACGAGUUUUUCACCUUCAGAGCGCCAAAGGACGCAUCAAUACAGACGUCACAUACCUCGUCAGCCACAACGGCACCUUUCCUUCAGAGCAACCCAGCCCAUUCUCUCCCACACCUCACCCAGGGAAUGUUUGGCUACUCGCUGACCGAUCCUAUUCACAACCAAGAUUGGUUUUACAGCAUCUUCGAAACUUGCGAGAAGUUUAGGUGCAACGUUGAGGGCUGGCACACCGAAUCAGGCCCUGGCGUAUUCGAAGCAGCCCUCGAGUUCGGCGAUAUUGCCGAAAUGGCGGACAGGGCUAGUAUGUUCAAAUACGUCGUCAAAGCGAUGGGCAGCAAACACGGUAUUACGCCCUGCUUCAUGGCCAAGCCAAGAGAAGGACUGCCCGGCAACAGCGGUCACAUGCACUGCUCGAUCGUUGACAAGUCUGGCAAAAACAUGUUUGCAAGGGCUGAAAAGGAUCCUAAUCCGCCUUUCAAGGAUCUGGAGUACGUCUCAGAUCUCGGCCGGCAUUUUCUAGCUGGUCUGCUUGAUGGUCUUGCAGACGUCAUGCCAAUCAUUGCUCCUACUAUCAACUCUUACAAAAGACUGGUUGAGAACUUCUGGGCUCCAGUUACAGUCUCCUGGGGCCUUGAACACCGUGCUGCAUCUAUUCGAUUGAUUGGUCCGCCGAUCGCGUCAGCCAAAUCAACCAGAUUCGAGAUUCGGGUGUGUGGUGCAGAUGCCAACCCUCACCUUGUCCUUGCUACUAUUCUAGGCCUUGGAUGGCGUGGGAUUGAGAAGAAGCUCGAGAUCAAGCUGCCUCCUUUGUCCAAAGGUGCGGAUGUCGGCAGUGAAGAAGACAAAGGCGAGAGAUUGCCCAAGAGUCUCAAAGAGAGCACGGCCCGCUUUAUGGCAAAGGGCAGCGUGGCUCGCGAAGUCUUCGGCGAUGACUUUGUCGAACACUUUGGAGGGACCCGCGAACACGAAUUGAGACUAUGGGAUGAGGCUGUCACCGACUGGGAAAUCAAGCGCUAUAUCGAGACAGUCUGA